AAAGCCAAUACCGGUAGCGAUGACCUGAAGCCCGGCUCGUCCUUGACGUUACCGUCAGGAGAGGGCAAAAAGCGCGCGCAGGCGACUUGAAUUGGGCGAUGUUGGAUUCACUUUGGCGCCAAGACACCUCUGCCUCUUAUUUUAUGAAAGUUUUUCUUUGGUGAGGUGCGGCUGAGUGCGUUGUGGUUACUAUAGUUUUUUUUUGGUGUGAAGUUCGUCAUAAAGUACCGUAAUAAUGGUAACUGACUGGGAGACAAUUCAAGAGGCAUUUUCACUGUUCGGCACAACAUUUGCGGAUGACGUUAUCCCAAGUCGAAUGAUAAAAUUCUGUGAAAAAUAUGGUAUGGAAGCGUCAGAUUUGUGUGAUGAGUGGAUUGCUUGGAGUAAAGGAAAGAGCACCGUGGUGCAAUAUGAGGCACUCGAUAAGAUGAUCCAGGAAUUGGAGAAACGUAAGCAAGCUGCCGCAACUCCUGUGCCUGCACAGAGGACACCCAAAUUACAGGCUCAAAAAAGGGUAUUGCAGCAGUCUCCGGCAAUUGGGACACCCAAAAGGAAAUUGGAUCGUUCAUCGAACGUUACCGCUCUGUCAGCGUCGUUCACAGACGGUAGCGACUCAAGCCCGGCUCGUGUCUAUAAAUCAGGAAAAAGAACUGGACAAGUAGUAGUAUCUUAUGUCGGAAAAGCAUAUAAAGAAAUCAAACCAGCCGAAAAAAUAGAGGUGAUAUCGCUUAUCGAUAUGCCUAUGAGCGGGCGUCUCCAGAAUAAAAACCGCAAUGCACUCAACAUCGCCGUGCUCGAAAGGCUUGGAAAGGCGAAGGACUCAUUCCAGCUUGAAGCCGAUGCGCAAUUGAAAGAUAUUAGUGGAGGAUUUGUUAAACCGGGAGAUUUGGUGUACGGAAUGUUGCGCCCACCGAAAAAACUCAACUUGCCAUUCUAUUUAUACGGAGACUAUGAAACCUCACGGUCAUCAAGUAUUCCCGUAUUGCCGAAGUUUCCCGCGUUCCCAGGUCAGGUUAUCGUAGCUAGGGUGGGAAACUCGGCUAAUGAGGCAAAAUUUCUCGAAGCUCCAGUUAAUCCUCAACUACCACCCUUACCAGCAAAAUUACAACGCAAGGGACGUGUUCAGCUUGUUGUGGCUGCUGGACCAUACACAACAAUCGACACGUUGUCAUAUGAACCAUAUCACGAUUUUGUUGACAAGCUGGCAGAGGACGAACCAGAUAUCGCCAUCCUGUUUGGCCCUUUCGUAGACCGAAACCACAAAAAACUCUCUGUCAACCUUGACAUGACUUUCGAGGCCUACUUCGGCCAGAUAGUAAUUCACCUUUCAAAGAAGCUGACUGGCAAACGAACCCGCAUUUAUGUUGUAGCUAACUAUCGCGAAAACCAUACAACCGGACGGGCUUUCCCUACCGAAAAGUAUUCUCUUAAUUUACCAAACGUCAUUGCACUUCACGACCCGGCAAUUCUUGACGUAAACGGCAUCCAAAUAGCGCUCUCGUCGACAGAUGUUUUUCGAGCGCUUACAGACACAAUGGUGAAUGUCGAGGAGAAUUGCGGUAUCAAUCGGCUAGCGGCGCGUAUGCUUCUUGAGCAGCGAAGCUUCUACCCAGUUUUUCCGCCUCAUGGCGAUCUCACAGUUAGGAUGCCAUUGGCCAAUCUUAUUACGCUAGAGACGCGUCCACAUCUUUUUGUGGCACCGGGAACAGUUGCACCCUUUGUCGUUGCCGAGAAAGGCUGUCUUUUUGUCAAUCCGGGAGGCCUCGUAAAAGGAAUGGACGCUGGCAGCUAUGCCUUGAUCGAUAUUGCCGCUUCGGAUGGUGCCGAUAAUAUUGUUGAUACGACGAAAGUUACUGUGACAAAAAUUUAGCACUGCUUUUAUUUUCUAUUGGUUGUACUUUUUUUUUUUAUUUGAAAUAUGUCGCAGGAAAAAUCAAUGACAUCAGACAGAUCACAGGUAUUACGGUAGUUAGCUUUUCGAGUGUUGCCAUUGUAACUAGCGUCUCAAGCGUUUUUCUCUGAAACGGGAAAUACACACCUAAAAUAUGUAUACAUAUUAUGAAUACUUAGUGAUAAAGCCUUCGAUUGUUUGAAGAUCACUAGCGAAAGCGCUAUUACUAGAAUGUCAUUGACACUAGUAUAUGUACUGCAUAAUGACUUCGCGCAAAAUGAACCAAUCCAUGAAUACCUGUACAAUAGACGAAUAAACGAUAUUCGAACGAAUUUUGAUCAAUAUGAUAGAAUCGUGUAUAGCUGUAACUG